AUGAAGUCAAUAAUCUCCGUUGUGGCUGCAGGAGCCUUGUUCUUCACCAAUACAGUAGCCCAGGCGUUGCCGCCCUUUAACCCGCCGGGAGCCGCCAUCAACUUCAAGGCCGUUGUCCUUUUCGGCGACAGCUACACGGACAUAGGCACACGGCAAUACCGCCCUAGACCGGAGACGGGAGCUGGUGAUACCGCGAAAGGCGCAUCGGGAGGCCGCAUGUGGCCUCAGUACGUUCAGCAGUACAGCGGCGCGCGCAUCUACUCGUACGCGAUCGCCGCAUCGAUGUGCACCAACGCCUUCAGCCCCACAAGCGGGCGCAAGACCAUCCAGCAAGACCAGAUCCCUUCGUUCCUUGCCGACUACAAGGCCCGCAGCGCAACCACAGGGCAGCCCAUCCUCGAUGUGCCCGCGGAGACGACCCUCUACGCGAUCUGGAUCGGCACCAACGACGUCGGCCCGAGCGGCUUCCUGACGGACCAGCAGCAGCCGGGCCUUCGACUGCCGGCCCUGCCGGACUGCGUGUACGCACAGAUCGACACGCUCUGGCGCGACGCUGGCGCGCGGCACUUUGUGCUCAUGAACACGCCGCCCUUGCACCUCGCGCCGCAGUACCAGCCUCUCGAGAGGGGCGGCAACGGGUUCAUGGCGCAGUUCGACAGCAACCUGACGCGGAGCACCGAGAAGGUGCGCAACUACGUCGGGCUGGUCAACAGCCUGUACGACUGGCGUUCCGGGUACCACGUCCUCGUGGGCAAGCGCUGGGCGGGCUCCACGCUGGCCGUGUUCGACGUCGAGGCCCUGAUGACAGACGUGUACAACAACCCGGGCCUGUACCUCAAUGGCACUGCCGCGAGGCCACAGUCGCAGGGCUCUGCAGUACAGUGUGGCUCGGCGUGCACAGAUGCGACGGUUCAGGCGCAGAAUAUCAGGGAUAGUUAUAUGUGGUAUGAUGGCCUGCAUCCGACUGAGCAGACGGGCCGUGUAAUAGCGCGGGAGUUUAUCAAUGUGCAGAAGGGCAAUAGUAAGUGGGCGAGGUACUGGGGGUUCUAGGAGAGAAAGGAGUAAGAUG